UUUGACAAGACUGACACCACCGUUGGGGAUAAAACAUAUGUUAUCUCCGGAUCUGAUGGGGAUUCAACAUCUCUGGGCGUCCGAAUAUUUGAUGAAUCAACAGUACAAUGGGUUCAUCCAGUUGUACUGGGAACUAAACCGAGAGCUUGCAAAGGCCAUUCAGCGGUACUUCUGAAUAAGGACCGCAUAUUGAUUAUUAAGAAGGGAGCAAGCCCAGAUGAUUGCACAUGGUUCCUUGAGCUGGAUACCCAAUAUGUCCGGGAUCAGAAGACAAUGUGUGGUGGGAACACUGAGGUUGUCGCCUGGAGUAAGGGCAUGAGAGGCAAUGUUGAGAAGCCAGUUGUGAUUAGUGGUCCUUCUGGUGUGGGCAAGGGCACCCUGAUAGCUAAACUUAUGAAGGAAUAUCCAUCGUUGUUUGGGUUUUCUGUAAGCCAUACGACCAGAGCUCCGAGAGGUAUGGAGAAAGAUGGGGUCCAUUACCAUUUCACAGAGAAAAGUGUCAUGGAGAAAGAGAUAAAAGAUGGAAAGUUCCUUGAGCAUGCAUCAGUUCACGGAAAUCUUUACGGGACUAGUGUUGAAGCAGUUGAAGUUGUAGCUGAUGAGGGAAAGAGAUGCAUCCUUGAUAUUGACGUUCAAGGGGCAAGAUCCGUCCGGAGAAGUCCUCUGAAAGCUAUUUUCAUCUUUAUUCGUCCACCCUCGAUGGAGGACCUUGAAAAACGACUUUGGGCCAGGGGAACCGAAACUGAGGAACAAAUUUCAAAGCGUCUUGAAAAUGCUAAGGCAGAGCUUGAACAAGGAGAAACAUCGGGCCUUUUCGACCAUAGUUUGAAGAAUGACAACCUUGAAGAAUGUUAUCAGAGACUCAAGGAACACCUGGGACUUGAUCGAAGUGUAGGAGCAGCCUCCAGACCAGUGUCUGGAGGGAUUGAUCUGCCCGUGGACCAUUCAGUAUCAAAAUUGGAUAAUAAGAUCAUUAUAGAUUGUGGAACCCCAGAGUUGGAGAAGGCAUCCAAAAAUCUGAUUUUGGACGUCUCCUGCCUCAACGGCGGGGCACCUGGCCGUACAAGGGGGUUAGACUUGUAUGCAAUCGAUUCAUUUUCAGAUGGGUUGAAAGAGGGCAGAUAACCAAGUCAGUGCCUGCCAUUCUCCUCAGCCCUUGCUACUAACUAUGUCAUAGCCCGAGGUUGACGAACAUAAGAGCUUUACAUUCAUGGACAAUUGCUGAGGCCGGAUUUUCUAGAUUCUUUGGGAUUUUUAGAAGCAUACUUUGUUUCUUGUGAGUGUCUGGAGAAUUUUUAUUUUCCGAAAUGGGCAUCAAUGAUUUCUAAGUUACACGGCAUCUGGGUCAUCUACAAGCGGUCCGAUGAUCCCUUUAGAAAGUUGAUUGUUUUGGGAGGGAAAGAUCUUGUGAUAAUGUUGGAAAGCAGGGCAUUCUUUCUCUCAAAUAGUAGUCAGCUGAGAAGCGACCUGAAGUGGUGAUCCUCAUAAUCUUGAUUCUUGACCUCUAUAUACUGUUGACUUUUGAUUGA